UGGGGGUGGAAACUGCGCAUUCGCUCUCGUUCUCGUUCGCGUGUUGUCUCCUCAACUGAAACGUCGGACAUUCCAGUGUUGCAAUCAACGUCUUUAACACUUGCGCGGGCUUACUUUUUCCAUUACGUGCACACUUCAGCGUCGUCGACUGCGAUACAACCAGACUCCAUACGACAACUACAGAACUAGGACCAAAAUCUGACUACAACUGGCCUGCGUAUAGCCUACCCUAGGGCGACGCACCAUCUUCAGACUUCUGUCAUACUGCCAACAUGAGCGAAAAACAUGAGCCCGCUAGCCCGCCCUCCUACACCGAUUCCCUCCGCUCCCAGCUCACCUCAACGUCCUCCUCAGCACCAGGCCGUGGCCAAUCCCUCCUCGAUACCAUUACCCUCACACGCGCCACAACCAUCCGCGCCGCAAUCCACACCUCGAUCCUCCCACUACUCUCCUCCCGCGCAGCCAUGGGCCUCCCCUCCACGGUCCUCGCCCUCCUCCCAUCCGACUUCCCGCUCCCCCCUCUCCCAGAGAAAAACGAGUUCUCCUUCGAGGGCUACGCAGGCGCAGAGAAGGCCGAAGACGCGGUCAAAGUCAUUGCGGGGAAUGGCGUGGAAGAAGCUGUCGAGGCGGUACGACUUAGCGGAGAGGGCAACACGAGCGCGUUCUGGCGGGUGCCGGCUGCGGUGGAGGAGUUAGAGAGGGGGCUGAGGGAUGUUUUGAAUGAUGGGCGGGUAGGGGCGUCGGCGGUGGUGAGGGAGGUGGGGGAGGCGAAGAAGGAGAAGGAGAGGAGGGGGUUCUUUGGGAGGAGGAAGGAGGGGAAGGUAGAGGAGAGUGUCGUGGUGGGAGAUGGGGGAGGUUUGGUGGCUGUUAGGGUGAAAGUGGAGGAGAUUUGCUUGAGGACGACGAAUGAAUUUGGGUUGUAUGAUACGAUGAAUAGGCAGUGCGUUGUUGUGAGGGUGGAUGCGGGAUGUUGAAGGCGAGAGAGGUUGGAGACUCGAAUACAGUGGUAGGGCAAAGUUUGAGUAUCCAUAUAGCCUACCCUAGGGCAAUGCACUGUAGUACAAGUUCUGACCUGGUGCUGCUGGUGCGUUGGUAUUGAGUCAAUGUAAUGUGUUGG